UUUUUUAUUGCUACUAAAAAAAAAGGUUGAUGCAUAAAGAUGCUUUUUUUUUAAAGCUUAGAUUAGCCUUAAUAAUUUUAAUGCACCUGAUUUUGGAGAAUUUUCUAAUAUGCUUUCAGUAUUGACAUUUAAAAUCAAUAUGAUCAAUGAAAAAUUGUCUAGACAGGAAGACAGUAUUUGAGGGGUUUUUUUGUAAAAAGGAGGCUGGGAAUGUUAAAUACAGAAUUAGUGUUGUAGCUAAAUUAGUUCCAUAUUGUAGGCAUUUUUCAAAGCUAUCAUCGUUCUAGUUCUUGGAAACCCACAUUUUCUCUGGGUGUCUACAAUACACCGAAUGAAUGUUGGGAAAGUGAUCUAAACAGCACAUUCAUGACUGUUUUGCAAUAGAAGGUUUCCCCGUUGUCUUUUCGAAUCCUUGUUGCUGAAACAGACAGCUUUACUGUCCGGCUUGUAAGUUACUUAUUAAAUCGGAUUCCUUCCUACCACUAUGUUUUUUCCGUGUUCUCUGGAUAUAGCAGCGUUUUGGUGGAUUAUGGUAUCCAACCUUACAGGAGGCUCAGUAAAAUGAAAAACUACUAUAAUGGUACAUUUUCAAAGGAACUGUUACCUCCCAUCUAUGGUGUGGAGAUGUGUGUGGCACUGACGGGGAACAUACUGGCACUGUGGCUGCUUGUGACUAAGGAGAGAAAGAACUGGCACACCGGAGUGGUGUUCUCCUGCAACCUGAUCAUCAGUGACAUCUUUUAUGCCCUCGGUCUCCCACUUCUUAUCCACUAUUAUUCAAAUGGACGGGUCUGGAUAUUUGGUGAAGCUCUCUGCAAAAUAGAACGCUUUCUGUUCACCUGUAACCUCUAUGUCAGCAUUUACUUCAUCAUGUGCAUCAGUGCUAACAGAUACCUGGCCAUCGUUCAUCCCUUUUUCACACGCACAUACAUUCGACCGAAACAUGCCAAGAUCGUCAGCGUGUUUGUCUGGAUCUUUGUGGCAAGCAUUUCGUCUCCAAUCCUCUACUAUGCAGGUGUGAAUGACAGAAAAAGAUGUUUCUUAUUUGUAAAAAAUAGCAGUGAAACACUUAACCACAAUAAGACGAACUUCAGGGUGUUUAUGGCUGUUACGGGUUGUUUAGUUCCAUGUGUAAUUACGUUUGCAUCAUAUUUUGGUGUUUUGUGGGUGGUUUUUAAAAAUGCAAAUAUCACCUCAUUGGAGAAAAAAAAAGUGGCCCUGAUUGUGGGUUUAGUCUGCGUCCUGUACGCCGUGUCUUUUAUCCCCUUUCACAUUCUACAAAUAUGGAAUUUUAAAUUGAGGGAAGAAAAUAAGUCUAAUUGUUAUGUGCAUAAUGGAUACCAAGUGUCAAAAGCAUUAGCCUGCCUGAACAUGUGUCUUCAUCCCAUCCUGUACAUGGCUGUGUUUGACAGCAUCAGGGCAGUGUGCUGCAGACGGAGCUAUAACGUAUCAAACGUACAAAACACAGUUGGAGAACGUUUGUCAAAUGACCUUGAAUUGAAAUCCAGAGACUGAGACUUCACAACAUUUUGUUUUUCUGCAAACAUUUAUGUUGAUUUGGAUGUAUGUUUGGGGUUAUUAUCCUGUUGAAUGUUCAGUGGUUAAAUCUUAAUCUUCUGUCAAAGGCAACCAGUUUGGGGGCUAAAAUGUUUCCGUAGUUAGUAGAAUUGAUCACUGAAUGCUCAACAUUCCCAAGCUGAAAAGCAACCUUAACGGUCAAUGUCGCAUCUCCAUGUGUGACCUUGAUCUUGAAUACACUUGCACCUGGAUUUUCGUUGUAUGCACUUGCUACUGUCAGCAAAUAUGUUGAUGAAAAAAUAUUUCUGUCUCACCUGAACUGAUUCAGAUGGUAGAUCCAGUGAUUCCUCCAAAUAUCAUGUUGUUGUUUUGUGUUAUCUGAAAUAAAUUCGAUUUAUAGAAUAUUUUAGAAAAAUAUUCAAAACCGUUGGA